GAUGUGUGAUAACCACAGACAACACUGCAUGCUCUCCUUUGUGCUUCCAUGCUGACCAUUCCAUUCCAUUCCUCCACCAGCAUGGUUGAAAGCUGCUGGAUGUUGAAGGCGCAUAUGGGCGUCCUGCAGCACUCCUCCCUAGUGCAUCCCACCUGUACUCAGUUGGAUUUAAAUUAAGGGAAUGGGCAAGCUUAUCCAUUUGUCAUAUAUCCUCUCAGUCUGAGAAAUCCACCACCUGUGCUGUUUGAUAUGGGCAGGUGUUGUGCCCAGAUGAAUGAAGUCAUGACCGAAUGCCACCAUGAAAAGAUGCAUAAGGGAAGGAGUAAAGUGUCACAAUAACAUUUCCCACUGAUUGCACCAUGUUCAAAGAUCAUUAUGCCUCCCCACACCUUGGCAUCUGGACAACCAAAACAAUCAUGAUCAACAAUUUUCCUGGGUGCAUUACGUGUUCCCACCUCUUUCCAUGUGAGGGUUCUUAAUGCAUCCAGUAACUUCGUCAAACAUAGUCAUUCUCCUGGUCCUGAUGUUAUGGUUUGGGAGGCAUCAUGGAUGUACUGACCACCAAAUCUUUGAACACAUUGUACUCACCAGUCAGUGUUAUUGUGAAACUUUACGCCUUCCUCACGUUCAACUUUUUAGGGAUGCAUUCAGGUGUGACCUCACUUUUAUGGAUCACAAUAAGUGACCACAUCAAACUGCACAGCUGGAGGAACUCUUGUGGACUGUCCUCCUGCUUCCUCAAACUUGAAUUUCACUGAGCACAUAUCAUCGUGUGAGAGUCAGAGGAACGUAUCUCCAAAAAUGCGAUUUUCAGUUUUUUUAACGUAUUUCCUCACGGUAAUCAGGUCCUUAUUGUAUCAAAACGGCGUAUCUCUAUCUCUUCUCAUUGUGAGAAUAAGCUGCUGCGUAACUCCAAGUUGUGAGCUUAAUUUAGAGACAGAUAAACAUAUUGGCUCUUACGUUCUUCUGUCUCGAGUCAGUGCAUCUCUAUUUUUGGAUCAGCAAAACGUAUGGGACUUACAUUCUUCUGACUGCUUACUUCAUGAGGUAAAUUUGGAAAUAUGUUUUUAUUCAGCAGAUACCAUUAUCUGCUUGUUUUGUAUAAUACAAUUUUGCUGCAUUUGUGCACUAUUUUCCUGUGUGCUGAAAGAGUAUUAUAUGUUGUCUAGCAGAUAAUAACAAAGCUUGCGACGCCAAGUAGAAACUUUGCAUUACGCCUUCCUGCUGAAUCAUUCGUCUGUUUACCAGUUCUCAAAACACUUUACGUACGAGGUUUCAAGCCGUUGUAUUUCUCUUGCAAGAAUCAGUAAGCGGAGAAACGCUAAACAAUGAGUGCCCUUUGUAAGCAUUGUCACGUCAAAUUUUGUUUAGUUUCAUGUGGUAUUCACUGUGAAGAGGUUGUUGUUAGUGUGUGCUCUCUGUUAGAUAAAAAAUGACUUUACAAGGAAGGAGAAUGGUUGAGCUAGCGAUGCAAAAUUACCGCAGUGAAAGUAAUUCUACAUCCGAUGAAGGUAAGAUGAAUUACUAUUAAUUUUAUCUAUGAGAUAAUCAUCCACGGAGAUACAGAUCGUUAGUUUGAUUGACUUGAUUUCCAUUCAUUGUUUGUAUAACGUAUUGUAGAAAUUACAGAAGCAGAAGAAAAGAAUGGUGAAACCUCAUGUGCAAUACAAAACUGUUCCGAAGUGAAACGACUACAAGAGUUAACUGAAGAAGAUUGUAAUGAUUUCAAAGCGCUUAAUUCGGGUUCAUCAGAUGAUUACAUACCCAAAAACAUCAUGGAUUCAUCAUCAUCAUCAUCAUCACAAUCACCAUCUCCAACGCCAAAGAAAAUGAGAGCUGCAGUUCAACAGAAACUGCAACUGUCUUUAGAAAACCUCGGGAAAAGAAAAUGUGCUCUGCUUAUGCAUCUCUAGACAAUAACUGGAAGUUACGUGCCCAAAAUGAAGUACUGGAAGAUCCUGACAAAGUUGUGGAUAAUAUUUCAGCUCUGAAGAACCUUCUUCGAGAUGAGCGUGAAUUGUACCCAAGGACUGAUGACACAUUUCUUCUUGCAUUUUUAAGGGCAAGGAAACAUGAUGUUAAUAAAGCAUUUACACUGCUGAAGAGAUUCUACGAAGUAAAGAAGAAUUAUCCAGUACACUUUGAAGAUUGUCUCCCAACAGAGAAAGGGUAUAUUUAUGAUAUAGAAGGACUGACUGUCCUAGAUCAAUGUGAUAAUGAUGAACGAAUUGUCAUUGUGUUAAGGGUUGAGAAAGCUGAUUUGAAGAAAGUGACAAUAGAAAACUUAUUUCAACAACUAUCAACAACACUUUCCUUUUUUCUUGAGGACCAACGUGUGCAGAUUUCUGGGAUAAGUAUUAUCAUGGAUCUAAAAGGAUUUGGAUUUAAGCAUCUGUUUGCUCUCACACCUUCAUCUGCACUGUUGUUAACAAGAUUAUUUCAGGAUUGUUUUCCCAUCAGGCUUAAAGCUAUCCAUGUGGUGAAUGAGCCUAUUUUUAUUGGUUCGCUAUUUUCUUUAUUCAAACCAUUCAUAAAGGAAAAACUGAGGAAACGUAUUCAUUUUCAUGGUACUAAUUUGUCAUCACUGCAUGCUUAUUUACCAUAUGAAAUUUUACCACGCCAGUUGGGAGGAAUGGUGCCUGACUUCAAUUUCACUACAUUCAGAAGGAUUUUUGAAGAAAAUGAAGAUGUAAUUAGAGGAUGGAGGAAGUUUGGUUACAACAAAACACUACAAAAUUAUAUCGUGAAGUAGUAAGGAAACAAUGGACAACUCUCAAUCAAUACAGGGAAUGGAAGGCAUAGUGCCUGUUAGUAUGAUAGGGUGCAAGGAUCAUCUGACAUGUAACUGUGGGGAGACUGUGCAAAUUACACAGUACCUGGUGAAGAGUCAAAAAUUUCCUGGUGGACUCAAUGAACUGAAUUUGAUGACAUGAAGAUGUGUGAAUUGGUUAAGAGACCUAGAUGUUCAGUUAUAAAAUUUUUGAGUGUUAGUUGUUUAUAUUAUGUUUGUUUUACUACAAUGUAUUGUUUAUGUAAGUUUAACCACUUAUAUGUGAACAUAAAAUGAGCAUGUAAAUUAUAUGAAUAAUAAUAACAAAUC